CUUCAACUCUUCUCUUCAUUCCCGCUCAACUUAGAGAUCGAUAUACUACCUGCUGAGCAACAAUUGAUAUUUCGUGAACUGAAUUUUGUACUCUUUAGUCGUCGUGAACAUACAGUCCUUGAGUUUCUCAGGCCGGUCGAACACUCUUGACUAGACGAUGGCGUCAGUGAUGAAUGCUUCCAGGACAGUUGCAGCUGUAGCACCUGCGACAGUUGUUACCAAUGCUUCUAGACUGAAGCAGAUGCCUGCUAGUGUGCGGAUUAAUAAUGGCGCGGUUGCGUUCAAGAGAGCGUCAGUGGUGGUGAGGGCAGAGGGUAAAGUGGAGCCAGGCCCUGCAGGACGGCAAAACGCACCCAGCACUCCCCACUCUCCCCCGGGCAUGAGCGGCAGCGAGGCACCUUUGGGCGUCAUCUCCUCAACCGUCCCUCUCGAGCAGGGCUCUGACAAACCAGUGAGCGAGAGGAUGGCGUAUGUGUGCCAGGACUGCGGGUACGUGUAUGACGAGGAGAAGCCUUUCGAAGAUGUGCCCGACGAAUACAACUGCCCCCAGUGUGCUGCCCCGAAGACGCGAUUCAUGAUGUCCAACGCAUCGGUGGGCGAGAUUUUGGACACAACCAAGGAGGACGACGCCGAGUCUCGUGGCAGUGGGGUGAAGAGCGGCAGCCCUCCAAACGAGAACUAAGCGCAUCGCACAAUCUUGGCGUUGUUUCUGUACAGUAGCAAGAAGGAUGUAGAUUAUGAACGGCGACGAACAAGUUUUGAUGAUCGUAGCUCCAUCUUUGUGUUACUAGCUGAUUUGCCGAAUUCACCGAAAGUCGGUGGAAUGUUACCAUAGUGUGCUAUUUUUUUCUGUGUAUUUGUAAUGAAUCGGACCAAAGAAAUAUAUGUCAUCGGUGAAGAUGGCCGUGACAGAUUUGCUCGAUCACUCGACAAAGCUUCAGUUCA